AAGCAGACCUCAUAGGAACUCAGAACAAGUAGGAGAAAAGAUUUUUAAAUUUUUUUUUUUUGCCUUGUUCUUUUUCUUUUCAAAGAUGAACCUAACUGCACUCAAAGCUUUCGUGGGCUUGCUCUGGAAUUGCUGGGUUCUGGUGGGUCACGCACAGGGAGGUUUAGGAGACAAUCAUGUCCAUUCGAGUUUUAUUUACAGGAGGCUGCGGAACCAUGAGAGAAGGGAGAUUCAGAGAGAGAUUCUCUCUAUCCUGGGUUUACCUCACAGACCCAGACCGUUUUCACCAGGAAAGCAGGCUUCUUCUGCACCCCUCUUCAUGCUGGACCUGUAUAAUGCCAUGACAAAUGAAGAGGAUACUGAGGAGCUGGAGUAUUCACUGAAGGGAUCAAUGGCAGGGGAGAGCAGAGGGACACGGAAAGGAUACCCUGCCUCUCCAAACGGAUAUUCACGGAGAAUACAAUUAUCUCGCAUGACCCCCCUGACCACACAGAAUCCUCCUUUAGCCAGCCUGCACGACACCAACUUUCUGAAUGAUGCUGACAUGGUCAUGAGCUUUGUCAAUUUAGUUGAAAGGGACAAGGACUUCUCUCACCAGCGGAGGCACUACAAAGAGUUUCGCUUUGACCUUACUCAGAUCCCGCACGGCGAGUCAGUGACAGCAGCCGAAUUCCGCAUAUACAAAGAUCGAAGCCACAACCGCUUUGAGAAUGAAACCAUUCAGAUUAGCAUUUAUCAGAUCAUCAAGGAGUAUCCAAACAG